AUGAAAACGACCCUGAAGCCUUCGAGAUCUGUUGGCGCAAACCUCGAUCGCAGGUCAGCACCACCGACUGUUCGAUUCCUGGACCCAGAGCCAAUGCCGAGGAGACUUACAGGGCCUGGAAAGACGGUGAGUUUGAAGUCACCCUCAACGGAGUCGUACCCAGACCGGCCAGGAUACUCAAGGGGAGAAUCCACACCGGACCUCGGGCCACACCAGUACCGACAGAAGAAGAUAAUGAUUGCAACUUUGACGCGACCCCCUUUGCUGUCAUCAGCCUCGAAACGAGCAAGCACUGCCGCCUCUCCCGGAGACCAAGCGGGCUCGCCACGUACCUUGUCAUUCACACAGCCUACACAGGGCCGCCCAUCAGGACCGGUAGUUCAACUCCGGCGACGUGUUGACAAGAGGUUCUCUGCACCUGCAGUACCUUCACAUUUUGACCCUCGUCUCGAUCCACGAUGGUCUGGGAUCCCUCUUCCUGCGGGCUUCGUGCCACCAAGUCGGACAUCAAUACCAACACAGAGGACCACAUCAUACCACUCCGUUGUCUCCAACCUGUCUUCAUCACCACCCCCAUCUGUAACUGUCACUCCUUCAGACAAAUACGACCCGCUGCAAAACUACAUACCCUGCAUGGCAGCCAUGUGCUCAGCACAUUACACACCCGCACACUCCGGUCCCACAUACUACACCGCGCAAGAGCCCUACCACCUCUCAAAGUACCACGGCUACUGCCCGCGCCACGCGAGCAAAGAAAUGCAAGAAGCUAACGCACUCUGCAAAAAAGAGUACGAGACCAUGCGCCAAAACGCUGGACGUAAGACCCUCGGCGUCGUAGCCCAGGACUUCGAGAUCUUCUUGCAACUGUACCGCGAGGCGCGGCAAGUCGAGGAUGCGCGGCUGCAGAAAGCUCAGAACCUGAGAGUUCUCGGCUCGAGUCAUACACCGACGCCGAAGGGCAAAGCAACGCCCAAUUAUGCCUUCGAUUGGCGGUACACGCUCCGCAACUGCACGAAGCGCGGGUGCACUUCCGCACCGUACUCACCGUUGUCCAUACAAUAUUUCGGAUUCUAUAAUACACCCAACUCCUCGACGCAGCUCCUUCCUCUCACAACUCUGUGCCCAAGCUGCUCAAAAGCGGAGGCUGAGGGUUUCGGGGCGAAGCUGAUGGAAAAGUGGAGUAGUCGGUGUGGAUGGGAUGGCGAGGAAUGGGAUGGGUGGUAUCGGAAUGCCAUUCUGGCGCGGAAAAAGGAGCAUGGGUUUUGGGAGAAUGCGCAGGAGAGAGUUGUGAGGGAGAGGUUGGUGAAGAAGGCUAUGGGUAUGGCUGUGGAGGUCGCGGCGCCGGUUGAGCGAGAAAUGGAGGGAGAGCAGACUGAGGUUACGCCGAAGAAUGAAAAGAGGAAAAGUAUUUUCAGAAGGAUGUUUAGGCGAAGCGAGACUACGGGCGCUACAGCUGUGGCUAUAACUGCUGGAGCUGCGUAG